GCAAUGGAUGAACAGAGAUAUCUUUACGUUUCUGACGUCGAAAAACAUGAAGUAAGACGAUAUCAAUUGGGUGAAAAGAAUGGCACUCCCGUAGCUGGUGGUAAUGGACAAGGUGAUGGCUUCAAUCAACUCAACGUGCCGAGAUAUCUCGUUGUCGAUCGACAACAGAAUGUCUACGUGUCAGACAACGAAAAUCAUCGUGUAAUGAAAUGGAAUAAAGGUGCAAAAGAAGGUAUUGUGGUCGCUGGAGGACAAGGUCAAGGGAAUGCUCUGACACAAUUGUCUAAUCCUAAUGGAAUCUUCGUUGAUACGUUGGGUACACUCUAUGUAGCAGACCAGGGGAAUCAUCGUGUAAUACGUUGGACUCAAGGAUACAAGAAACGAGGCACUGUAGUUGUGGGUGGAAAUGACGAAGGAGAAGGAGCAGAUCAGUUCAACAGCCCCUGGGGUUUGUCUUUCGAUCGACAUGGUAAUCUCUAUGUCGCCGAUCAUGAUAAUCAUCGUGUCCAACGAUUUUCUAUCGAAUAA